AAUCUCACGUAUGAUAACUCAACACACGUUAAACAUAAGACGUCACAUCAUGCGUUCUUUGAAUGCUGAAUAUUCCGAAUAAUACUUUCAAUGACGCACAUCUGAUAUUAGGAUUGAACUUUUUCAGAGCCUUAGUGCAUCCUCUCUUUCUAUAUAUGGAAGAGAGAAUGCUGUCGACUUUAAAUGCAUUAACUGACGGGGAAGGAAGUUGUUGUAAGAUGAAAACGGAGACGAUGGAAGGCUAUCUGAAAGACAGCAAUGUUGGUGUCGAUCUCGUCGUUGGAGGAGCAGUGACGCCCACUGACACUGCCAAUCACGAGCUUGCUGCUCAGGCCUUGCUGAAGUUGCGGAUCGCAGUCUUGAUUGUUAAAGCUGCGUAUCAAUUUGAGGAAGGUGCGCGGUUCAUCCAACCAUGCGAGGGUGUUAACUCACGCUACCUAACCAGGUCAUCCGAAUCUGAGUUUUCUGAAAGUGGUUCAGUUGGACAGGGUCUCUAUAAUUCAAAUCCCAGUGGUAUUUUCACACUUGGCAUUGACUCCCGCGAUGAAAAUGAUGAGGUUGACGAGCAACACGACGAGAUACGGGCUACUCCAUCAGAGUGGAUCCUGUUAUUGACUAGCCUUAUCAUCGAGAUUCUGUCUGCUGUUUUUGAUCAGGCUUCCUCCCCAAGUAAGCCUCACUAUGCACUAAUUGGCAUGCUAUUGGCAAUCGGGGCUGUACUUGUUUGCAUCUGGGAGCUCGUUCACAAUGGUAAAAAGGAAAGAAUUGUACUGAGGAGGAGGGGAAUAGUAUGGUGUUUUUACUAUCCACCUCCAAACAACAUGCUUUUUGGUACAUUCGCUGAAAUUACUGGAUUAUGCCUUGCCACUGCUCAAUGCAUUUGCUCGGCAGUGCAGUAUCAUUUCAUCCGUCGUCAUGCUACUAAUCCUAUGAAACUGUCCCCCUUGGCUGCCGUAUUCUUUUUGGGUUUGGUUGUUUCAAAAUUAGUUCAGAAUCACCGGUUCACCGUUGAUGACACCCUUCAGAAUGGUACUUGAGCAACGACUGGAUUCAAGGGAUCAUAAAAAUGUUGUUGGAGAAAAAGACAGACACUAGAAAGGUUUUUUUUUUUCUUUUUUCGCGGGGAAACAUUCCUCCAAGUUGUUACCUUUACACUACCAUGAAAGCUCACAUGGAGAUUAGAUUCCGUAGAAAAAGAAGAUCACUGUUCAAAAGAUUACGUACUUGUUUCUUUUAAUCACAUCUUUUUUUAUGUUU